AUGGCGGUCGGGUUUCGAAACCCACACAGUCGUGGUGCAACUUCGAAGGAAACUGAAUUGGUGCACCAUCAGCCCAGCAUUGCUCCAGCGUUUCCACUAUCGUCCCCUCAACAGGAGCCUCUCACGACGUUUAAACCCAUUAAUGGCGGUAUGACAUUGGCACCAAACGAGACCUUCUUUUCCCCAAACCCUUUCGCUUCCAGCUCUUCCGACGAUGACACUGGAUCUUCGAGUGGCCAGGAUGAAUUCCACCUUGAGAGAUAUAGUCAAGAAACGACGAGAAACGGACAGGUUUCGGGACCAAAGCGCAAGCAGUCCAGUCGACGAAAGCAUCAGCAGAAGUUAGUGGGACCUCGAACCGACAAGAAGAUUCGCCCAGGAUUGAAUAUUGUCACCAAUUUCCCGGCGCAGGCCAAACGAACGCAAACUGAUGGGCUUGUCAUUGAACAGGUGCAGUCACAAAGACCUCGCCUGGGCCCGAGAUACACCACAUCCGUCCUGUCGGCUAAAGCUGAGCAUGUAAGCCACUUGGUACCCGACUCUAUUCCUAAUCACAACAUGAAAGGACCGCUAAAUCACAAUGGAGAGGUCUUGAAGAGGACCAUCGCCCGACAAGCUGUUUCGAAGUUACAAGAGUCACAAGCGGCGAGAAAGGCGAGGGAGGAGUCUCGGGUGAUCGGAAAGAUGGACACUGGCGGACAAGCUCAUGGGAUUGUCAAAGAGGAGGAGCUCCGAGAACCAACCAAUGCCCUAAGUGAUUACUCCCCGGAGGCUCGAUCAAUCGUUAUAGGAAUUAGUGUUCCCGAACACGAACUGGACGCACACCGUUCUGCUGGUGGCGUAAGCAAUACCUACUCCGCGAUCACGCCAGACACGCCUGCAAUCGUGGUUACUCCAGCUGAAGAAAUAGAUUCUUGGAAACCGCCUUUCUUCGGCAAGGGUCGGCCUAUAUCGAGCAUGUAUUCUCCAUAUACGCGCAGCGAAACGCAGAUCCGAGACAGUGAACUGCCGCCGGUGCCGAAGAUUCCGUUGAGACACGCACACUAUGAUGACCAAGUUCAGCCAACGAUAGGCGCAAGCAUUGCUCAAUCCACCCGAGGUGCCAGCCAAAAGGAUGCAGAGGACUAUGACAGUGACGGCGGAUCCCAUCAAUCUCUGGAGGAGAUAUCGAGGAUGUCGUCUGAUAGCCAAGAACAAAUUCUCCCCUCAGAUCUAGAAAGCAGACGGCGCAAAUCACAGGGUUGGUGGAAUCUUAUGCUCUCGCCCAUGCUUUCGAGGAAGGGUACCACCACAGAGAAACCCAAGAGCAAGAGUCCAGCCACGCCUCCAGUUCCUUCGCUGCCAGCCGAUAUACGUCUUUCCAGAAGUGACAUCGUUUCUCCUCUCACCUCCGAAUCUCCAGAAACACCUCGGCGGUUCGGAUUAGCAAGUGCUAGGGCAAGCAUUUGGUCGAGGUGGACAACAUGGGAAAGACAAAGAGAUGGCAGUUUGCAUUCUCCUCCCGCCAAUUUACCUCAUCCUGAUGUCGAUCAAUCUCCACAUUUAGUACAAGAUGUUAACCCAGGCACAGCGUGGGCUGUCGUCGAUUUCACCAAAGGCCUUGCAGCAGAAUAUUACCAUGCUUGUGCUGUCGAACAAUUGACGGGUGUUCCAUACUUUGAAUGCGACAACCACUCCUGUGCCAGCAGAUUACCAAAGCUUCAUUCAAUUUUUGACAAAGGAGUCGUUGCUGAGCCCGCUCAGGACGUCUCUGAUUCGAGGCGGGUUGAUGCUGACCUUGAAGAGACUGCAGAUGCUCCAGAUAAUGAGAAGAGAGUGCUGAGCCGUGGUGUUUCCAUCCGCUCAGAGCCUGAAGAACUGUCACCAAAUGUCAGACAAGCAGAAACCGCCGCGGUUGUCAAGGCAAAAUCUGUGGAGAGUCCGGACGUCAAACAGGUGGAAUCACAACAGAAGGAGGCUGCCUCACCAUUGCUCCCCGCGGUUGACACCUCACAGGCACCAAGGCAGUCGGUCACAAGCACGGAACAGACUCGUCGUGAAGCACAUUAUCCCAGUAUCGCUGCCGUUGCGGCUCAACCGCCAAUUUUGUCACCAGGCCCUGUCUCUCCAGCGAUGCAGCAUACAAUGACAUCUCAAGGUGCCGUCCCAAUGACACAAGUCGACUACCAACCCAGCCAACCACGUUCGUUGGAGCAAACCACACCAUCAGACCGACCACAAGCGCUGGCGCCAACGCAGCCACCGUCAGUCACGAUUCAUAACCACACAUUUUAUAGCGAAAGAUUCGCAAGUGGAGACGACAACACUGUUCGGGAAGCGAGAAGAGAUGCCAUGGAGCGGCUUGAAUCUACCACCUCGACCCAAGAAGUCAGCCAAAAAAAGGAAGUCACAAGGCAAGAAAUGCCAGUUCCUCACGAAUCAGAAACCGUCAAAAAGGCAGGUCUGAUGACCAGACUCAAAGGGCUUCUUCGUCGAAAAAAGGCGGGCAACAAGGACGACGCGGACAAGAAAAAGAAACGCCGAUCGACACUUAUCAUUGGCAUAAUCCUAUUUAUCAUCGUCCUGGCGUGUGUUCUCCUGGCCACCUUCCUCACAAGAACAGGCGACAGCACUCCUGUACAGAGCCAGUGGCUAAAUCUUACCGGCUAUCCUCCCAUUCCCACGGGCAUAUCCACCAUAGCCAGACCCGAUGUCGUCAAGCAGCAGUCCCAAUGUGUGGGACCCAACACAAUGUGGAGCUGUGCCCUACCCAAGGAGGAGCAGUUCGAGGUUACUCCCAACUCUCCGGACCAGCCGAACUUUCGAUUCGAGAUCAACUUUCGAAACGGCACUGUACCAGCGAAUAUGACGGUGCCCAUACAAGAGCUCAGGAAGAGGUCAGAGCGGCGCCUGCGGAAGAGGGCGGACAAUCCGUUUACAAACGAUCUGUUUGAUCCCAACCCGACGCCACCAAGCCGGGCGGACCAGAUCUUCAUAGGCAACACGACCGACAACAUCACGAAGCCGUUCGAGGGGGAGCAGACGCCUUUCUAUAUUACAUUCGUUCCAGUAUUUCCUGUCGACCCUUCAAAUACAACCGCCACGGCAUCUAGCCCGACAGGCUCCAAGCUUCGAAAGCGUCAGUCGACGAAUUCCUCAGAUGCCAUUCCGGCGCCCGACGUCCUGAGCGAUGGGAGUGCUGCGCCUGCCAACCUCCUCCCUAACGAUCCGUACCCUUCAUCUCAGCCGAUCAAACUGUACAACAGAGGUCAAGCGGACGAGCACUACGGCUUCUACAUCUACUACGACAAGGCAAUUUUCUUGCAUUCGACGGCAGCCUUGAACACCUCGGAAUUUACAGACAACAAUGGAAUUGACCCCGAGGACGAAAACGGGGGUUCCACUCGCGAUCAGUCCCGACUGCGGUGCACCUUUAGUCAAACGAGGUUCCUGGUCCGCAUGUGGACCAACCCAGCCUUUAGCGCAACGCUUCUCCCUGCCGCCUCGAAUGGGACCAACUCGACCGACGGAGGGAGCAGCAAUUCAGCAACCGAUUUCAGCCGACCAGGCUCAUUUCCGUACCCGACGACGAUCAGUAUUGACCGACACGGGGGCAACAUCAACAAGAAAGCAGUGUAUUGUUACGGCGUAGACCAACUACAGGUUAUCCAGUCCGAUAUAAAGACGAUCGUGCCAGAGUUCAGAAGUGUUUCAGGGACCUUGAUCAACGCGGCGCCAGGUCUUGUGAAUGGCACCAUCAGCGACGACACUGGAUUCGACCAGGAAGCAGGCGGUAUCGACGGAGGAACUGGGGGAUGUGAGUGUGUUUGGCAGAAUUGGAGCUGA